GGGCGUCCCGGCCGCGGCGCGACCAUGACUCUGGAGUCCAUGAUGGCCUGUUGCCUGAGCGACGAGGUGAAGGAGUCGAAGCGCAUCAACGCCGAGAUCGAGAAGCAGCUGCGGAGGGACAAGCGCGACGCUCGCCGCGAGCUGAAGCUGCUGCUGCUGGGCACUGGGGAGAGUGGGAAGAGCACGUUCAUUAAGCAAAUGCGUAUAAUUCAUGGCUCAGGCUACUCUGAAGAGGACAAAAAAGGCUUCACCAAGCUGGUGUACCAAAACAUCUUCACUGCCAUGCAGUCUAUGAUAAGAGCCAUGGAAACCCUGAAGAUUCUGUACAAAUAUGAACAGAACAAGGCCAAUGCAGUGCUGAUCAGAGAAGUGGAUGUAGAAAAGGUCAUGACAUUUGAGCAGCCAUAUGUAAGUGCAAUUAAAACAUUGUGGAAUGACCCUGGAAUACAAGAGUGUUAUGACAGGAGAAGAGAAUAUCAACUUUCUGACUCAGCUAAAUACUAUCUCAGCGAUGUGGAUCGUAUUGCCACCCCAGGAUAUCUACCAACUCAGCAAGAUGUGCUACGGGUUAGAGUCCCUACAACCGGGAUCAUAGAGUACCCCUUUGACCUAGAGAACAUUAUCUUCAGAAUGGUGGAUGUUGGAGGUCAGAGAUCAGAACGAAGGAAGUGGAUCCAUUGCUUUGAAAAUGUGACUUCCAUCAUGUUUUUAGUAGCACUUAGUGAAUAUGACCAAGUUCUGGUGGAAUCUGAUAAUGAGAACCGGAUGGAAGAGAGUAAAGCUCUCUUUCGAACCAUUAUAACUUAUCCAUGGUUCCAAAACUCUUCUGUUAUCCUCUUUCUCAACAAGAAAGAUUUGUUGGAAGACAAGAUCCUGUAUUCCCACCUUGUUGACUAUUUCCCAGAGUUUGAUGGCCCACAGAGGGAUGCCCAGGCAGCCCGUGAGUUCAUCCUCAAGAUGUUUGUGGAUUUAAAUCCCGACAGUGAUAAAAUCAUCUAUUCCCAUUUCACAUGUGCCACAGACACAGAAAACAUCCGUUUCGUCUUUGCAGCUGUCAAGGACACCAUCCUACAGCUCAACCUGAAGGAAUACAACCUGGUUUGACCUGCUCUGCUCUUGCCCCUUGAGAGGCUUCUUUGUGAAGAAAAGACAAAAAAAAAAAACAAAAAAAAAACCAACAAAAAAACAAAACAAAAAAAAAAAAAGAAAUUUUAAAUAUGACAGGAUAAAAAAAAAAGUUUUAAUUUUUGAUGAUGUAAUGAUUGCAAAUUGUCUGAUCUGUGGAGUGGCAAGUGCUCGGUGUAACCCUGGAGUCUCAUGUCUCUGUCCACAGAGUAGUUGAUUUCAUAUUUUUAACAAAUUGCUUUUAUGUCACAGUUAACGGGGAUAUGCCUCAUUUCUUCAGCACCUUGCUUACUUCUUAAUUUUUGCCAAGCAGCUAAGGCAGCCUCAUCUUGAUCUUUCCUUUGUUGCUAAGCCACUUUUAUUUUAUUUUUUUUUUUCAUUUUAUUUUUUCCCCCCUUUCAUUCCCGUGGUAAAUGUAGAGAAAAACAAAAAAUCCCCAACACUUUCCAGCUGAGAUUGUGAAUUCACUGGACUGUGGGAGUGCAGAAUGCUACUGGUCCCUUUGCCUUGUGCUAUAGGGUGCCUCUGGUGUAAUUAAUUUGCUAAUCCUGCUUCCUUCCCUUCCUAUUUUCCCUUUCCUUCCCCAGGACACGCUCCAUGGUUCACUGUGAUGAAAUGUUGGGGAGGAGCAAUUGCUCUCCAACUAUUGUGCAAAAAAAAAAAGAAAAAGGCAAAACAAACAAACAAAAAAAAAAGCCAUCACUUUUCCAUUCUUUAUAUGUUCUGAGUAAUUUUUUGUUAUCAAUUAUAAAAGGUAUGGAGACUGUGAUUUUUUUCUUUUUUUAAAUUAUUGAUGUUCUAUACAUAGUUUGCUAUGUGUUGCUGUAUUUUGUUCAUGGACUACAAAUGAUGGAAGCUCUUGGAGCAAUAGCUGCUGAGCCUGGGGAAGUGCCUGACUGUAAUUGUUCUUUUUUUUAUUUCAUUUUUAUUUCACCUUUAUUUCAUUUUUUUAUUUUUUUUUCCCCACACACACAAACACAUCCCACCCACACCACAAGCACGUGGCCAUGUGUGCACAAGGCUCAGUCUGCAGAGAGGAGCUGUUUUUGUUGGGAAGAGUUUUUGACAUCAAUGAGCAAACUUCUCUAUGCAGCAGUUACCAAAAGCACACUGAGUGAUUGUGGCAUUCCAACAUCAGACUUUGCCUGCAUUGAAAACCUUAAUCUUGUGCCAUCCUCUAGGUCUUUUCUUGCUGCCUAAUAGCAAUCAAGCCUUGUUUUAAUUGCAUUUUGUGCCAGUGUGUGAAUGACUUUGUAAGAAUUCCUCAGCCUUGCAGAGUUGGAGAGGACCAGAGCUGCAGGGUGAGAGGCUCUGCCAGGAUUGUUCCUUUUGGAGCUUGAGGAUGGCCCUUGGGGAGGGAGUUCUGUCCCUCCUGUUGAUGCAUUCCCCUCUUUGGAGGAUUUGCACCCAUCCUUGCUGCAGGGUGGUAGCAGUGGUUAAUGAAUUAAUUAAUUAAUUAAUUGUUAGCAGUGGCUGCUGCAGAAUGCAGAGAGCCCUGCCCUGGCUGCACUUGGUGCAGCAGGAGAGGAGGAGAGAGGCAGCAGCACCAGUCUGAAGGCAGAACAGAUGAAGUUAUGGAUUCUCAGUGCCACCUGAAUCUCCACUGAGCAGGAGGAGAAGCCUUUGCACAUAGGAGAGCUUUAAAAAGCUUUAUUUUGCAGGAGCUGAGGCAAAUCAAGGUGCUGAAAGGAGAGGACAGAGGCAGCAGCACCAGUUUGAAGGCAGAGUGGAUGAAACUGUGGAUUCUCAAUGCCACUGAAUCUCCACUGAGCAGGAGGAGAAGCCUUUGCACAUAGGAGAGUUUGGUUUUGCAGGAGCUGAGGCAAAUCAAGGUGCUGAAAGGACAGCACAGAGGCAGCAGCACCAGCUGGAAAGCAGAAUAGAUGAAAUUGUGGAUUCUCAAUGCCACUGAAUCUCCACUGAGCAGGAGGAGAGUUGGAUUUUGCAGGAGCUGAGGCAAAUCAAGGUGCUGCUGCCAGCCUGGAGGAAGAAGUGCAUUGGCAAGGCAGGGAGAGAGAGAGGGAAGCAGGAGGUGAGACCCACUGGGUGUGUGUCAGUCACUGAUGCUCCUGUUUCAAUUCCAACAAGAAGAAUUGGGUCCAAAUUCUCUGGAUCAACCAGAUUGCCCCCUCGAAGGCUGCCAGUAGAAAAAAAAAAGCCAAAAUGAGCUGCACUGUUGGAGGGGGCUGUUGAUAUUUUGUCUCUUUUGUAGACAGAGCACUACAUCAGUGUUUUGCACAACGUUGUAAGAGUAAAUCUAACUGUCUGAGAUGCUUAAGAUGCUUUGAUCUAGAACACUAAAUCAUGGAGGGACAUGAUUUUGAAUCAUUCUGUUGCUAGUUCCCUCAUUUUCCAGAAGCCUCUGUGUGCUCAGAGUGCUACAGAGCAAAGCAAGCUCUGCUCCAGGUGAUUCCAGAGCUCGAGGUGGAACAGUAGCCAUGGGACCAACAGCAGAAGAGCCAGUCUGAGGGAAACAUAGCAUCUCCUUAGACUAGCCAUGCUCUGGACUGCAUUUAAUCCUUGGGAGGAAUGAGGAGGGAUUCCCAUGUGUCAGACAGCUUUGCAUCAAUUUUACUGCUUUUUUUUUUUGUUUUGGUUUUUUUUUGUUUUCAUCUUUAUGCCAAAAUGAUCCAGUUUGUAGAAAUUGUCUUAUAAAGAGGAAUUUAUAAUCAUCUUAAUGUAUUCUAUGUGCUGUUCCUCUGAAGCAGACAGCAGCACCAACCUCUUCUGCUUCUGUGAUCCUUUUGUAAAUGGUUCACACUACAGCUGUUGCCAGCAAUGAGCCUGGCACUGAGAUACACAGGUUCUUGGAAAAUAACUUCCCAGAAGUUUCUCUUUUCCAAGGUGAAUGAUGGUGGUACUUCCACUUGAAUCAGAAACUUUUUCUUUUUUUUUUUUUUUUUUUUUUUGUCUGGUUUUGUACCUUCCCCUUUCUUUAAGAGCUGCUGCCCUGGCACAGGAGGAGGGAUCUUGGCAUCUGUCUCUUGCAGAGUGACUCUGCAUGGUGGGAAGCUGUGGGCACAAGGAUUUGGGAAAUGUGAAAUGUGCUGCACCUUGUGGGGCACCUGCUUGGGUUGGGCCUGAGGAGUGGCUCAGGGCAGGGAGGGGAGGGAAGGGCUGAGCUUUGCUCAGUGGCUCUUGUUGAGUUGUGAAACCUCCUCCUGGACUGGGGUAGGAAUGGGUCAGAGCUGUACCUGUCACCUGGAGUUGUCUGUGGCUGUUAUCAUGUGUGAGAAGAUUGCAGUGUUAUCAGCACGUGCUUUCCUUAGUGAGCAGCUGCUCGUGUGCCUCCAGCUUGGCCAGUGCAGUGCUCCUGCACAACUGGCUCCUGUCUCUGUUGGCUGGCAAAUGCAAAAGUGCCAAACCUUAAAAACCAAAUUUGCCUGUAUCAACCUUUCUGAAAGCGAGGCCUGUCAGAGCUCUCUGCAGGCUGAGAGUGACUUUCAGAAGGAAGGUAAAAAUUGGGUUGUUGUAGGGAAUCCAGAGCCUGAGGAGUUGGGUCUCCUUGCCAACCUCUGCUCCUUGUGCACUUUUAACCUUUGUUCUGUCGAAGAAACCAACAUACUUGGAACUAGUUUGAAACUUGAAGCCAGUGAGCAGAGGAGCAUCCCUUUUCCUUCACCAUCCCAUGUGGAUUUGGCUACCUGGUGAGCAAAAGCCCCUUCCAGCUGCAGCGUGUCAGCUCCUGCCCUUCCUCCCUCCCUUCUCCUCCACUUGGAUUCUUUGGUCUCUUGUUGUUGCUUCCUAGCAAUGUUGGCCUUGCGUUCAACUAUGGUUUUUCUUCAUGUGUUUUAUUGGUUUAAAAAAAAAAAAAAAAAAAAAAAAAAAGACAAAAAAUACUCAAAAAAACCCAAACAAACAGAAAAAAAAAAAAAAAGAAAAAAGAAAAAAAAAAGUACUUCCAGAGUGUGCUGACCAUUGUAUUGUCCUGUACAGAGCCCAGGUCGUUAGAGUCCAGCAGAGAUAAAGUGUGUUAUGCAGCACCCAGUUUUUUAAGAGUAUGGUUUGUGCCAAUGCCCCUUCUUUUAGUAGUGCCAGAGACUCUUUACAAGUGCCAAUGUGGUGGAAAUUAUUUGGUUAUACUUGUAUAUUAUAGGAUCCUGAUUUAAGACAAUUUAAACAUUAUCCUAUUUAAAAAGAAUACUAUAUAAAAUGCUGUUUUUAAACCUUGUCAUUUGCAAUGCAUGUAUUGUUGUGCGUGUUGGGGGGCGGGGAGGGAAGAGGGUAGGGGAAAGGAGUUUCUGAAUAAGAUGCCCAGUGUCAGGAUCUAUUCAGACUCCAAACUGUCUCAUUCCAGUCCAGGAGUGGGAUUGUUUCUUGGAAUGAUCCCACUCUGACUGCUGGGCAACUCACGCUUAUUACAGAAAUAUCUGAUGGAAAUUGAUUUUCAUAUCUUUCUCCUGAAAUAAACUCUCUGUUUGAAAUUGGAAUAAAUUUUGUUCCUAAAA